UCACUUAUAAGUUCCAUGGCCCUACAGUGUAGGCUAAUGAAAUACAAGCAUAACCAGAGGUUUUCACAUAUUGACUUUUGCAUGCAAAUAUUACUUCAUAGGCCUAGCCAUGAAAAGGAAGGCUAAAAGUGGGGAUAUAACCAGCUUUUUUGCAAAGAAAAUUCCAACAAGUACACAAGAGGAAGAGUGCAAGGGAAAUGAGGGAGAAGGCAGUAAACUGGAGAGCCCAGGAGGGUCAGUGCAGGAAAAGACUGAAGGAGACACAGAAAUAAGUGACGGAGAAGAGGAAAUACAUGAAGGAGACACAGAAACGAGUGAAGGAAAUGAGGAAAUAAGUGCAGGAGCUGAGGAAAAAGAAGAAUCAGUGAGAGAUGAAGAGGAGGCUCCAGAUUCAGAGAGAGGAACAGACGCAGGGAAUGAUCAGGUGGAGGAGGAAGAUGACAGAGAGGAAGAGGGUAGACCUGAAAUUCUCCCUGGACCACAUGAUAUAUCAAAAUGCAAAGGUGAUGCAGCAGUGCAGCCUGAUUUAAAGACAUUUCCAAAGACACAACAUGGAGCAGCAAAAAGAAGCUUCCACAGGGAGUGGUACAGUUCUUGGCCAUGGCUUGAAUAUUCCAUGUCUAAAGAUGCAGCAUUCUGCUUUGCAUGCAGACAUUUUGCACAUUUGAAAAACAGUGUAUUCACUUCAGAAAAUGGCUAUUCUAACUGGAAGAAGGCCACUUCCAAAGACAGUGGGUUUAGUGUACAUUCCAGAGCAGACACACAUGUGAAUGCAAUGAUUGCAUGGAGUGAGUUUAAAAGAAUGGCCAAGAAAAACACAACUGUCUUGGGAAUGAUGGGAGAUGAAAAUCAGUUACAAGGCUAA